AUGCCCUCGAUGGGAUUGAGAGGGGGGGUAGGUGGGGGGAGUGGGGGGGGGGGGGGGGGGGGGGGGGGGGGGGGGGGGGGGGGGGGGGGGGGGUGGGGGGGGGGGGGGUGGGGGGGGGGGGGGGGGGGGGGGGGUGGGGGGGGGGGGGGGUGGGGGGGGGGGGGGGGGGGGGGGGGGGGGGGGGGGGGGGGGGGGGGGGGGGGGGGGGGGGGGGGGGGGGGGGGGGGGGGGGGGGGGGGGGGGGGGGGGGGGGGGUGGGGGGGGGGGGGGGGGGGGGGGGGGGGGGGGGGGGGGGGGGGGGGGGGUGGGGGGGGGGGGGGGGGGGGGGGGGGGGGGGGGGGGGGGGGGGGGGGGGGGGGGGGGUGGGGUGGGGGGGGGGGGGGGGGGGGGGGGGGGGGGGGGGGGUGGGGGGGGGGGGGGGGGGGGGGGGGUGGGGGGGGGGGGGGGGGGGGGUGGGGGUGGUGGUGGUGGUGGUGA